AUGAUCCCGUCAACAGCAACCUGGCUCGCGGCUUUCUUGUCCCUCGGCGGGCUCGAGCUGGUAACAGCCGAGGCCUCUGCCAAUGGACAGGCCGUCAAGCCGCGAUUCAUCCCCAAGCACCUCAAGCGCCAGAUUAACUACAAGCCUUCGUCCGAUCUCUUCUCUCGAACCGCGUCGGGCCCGCUCGAAUCGUUUCUGCAAUCCUUGGGCCGUGAGGGAGAAACCACCACUCACAAUGAACCGUCGCCUCCCGUCGUCGUCAUCCCCGUUACGCUUUCCAUCGAUCCCAACGGCGUGACGCACACCUUGACGGGGAGCGUUCCGAGCACCUCUGGAGCUCAGACGGUGACCAGUCAGACCGUCACUUCGGACAAAAAACCUCCUGCGGCCUCCGCGACGACCACCGCGACAACCACCGCCGAGUCGAAGGAGCCCGCCGAGAACACCGCCCCCCAGCCGACUGCGACAUCCAACUCGGAAUCGGAAUCUUCCUCCGCCAAGUCAACCGCGACCAGCUCUGAGGGCCUGGGCGAUGAGCUUGGCAACAUCUGGUCCAGCCUCUUUGGCGCCUCUUCGAGCUCCACCUCCACCGUCCCCGGUGUUACCAGCCCUACCGAUUCCACCACCAGUACCGAUAACAAGCCUGGCUCGCAGGCGGCUGCUUCUGCCGAUGCGACUUCCACCAGUGGUGCGGCUUCCCAGAAGGGCCAAGCCACGGCCUCGUCCACUGACAAGACUACCGAAAAGGCCUCUUCAACCAACGGGGCCUCCUCGACCGACAAGGCCACUGACAAGGCCUCCUCCACUGAGUCUACCGCGUCCCCGACCGCCUCGUCUUCUGGUUUACUCGGCGGUGUCGACGGUGCGGUUUCGUCUCUCUUGGGUGGCCUGACCGGCCAGGGUAACACUACCGAGACGGCCUCGAGUACGAGCACCAGCGCCUCCUCCACUGAGUCUUCCGCGUCCCCGACCGCCUCGUCUUCUGGUUUACUCGGCGGUGUCGACGGUGCGGUCUCAUCUCUUGUGGGUGGCCUGACCGGCCAGGGUAACACUACCGAGACGGCCUCGAGUACGAGUACCAGCGCCCCCUCCAACGCUCCCUCCGGUGCCAACGCCACUGUAUCCAGCGCUGGCCCGAAUAACAGCACUGGAACCGUGGAGCCCACCAGCAUUUCUGUCAGCGUCCCCGAGACGACUCCAUCUUCUUCUUCUGGCCUGGAUCUGGGAGACACCUGGAGCAGCCUCUGGGGUUUGACAGGCACGCCGACUAGUCUCCCUGCGCCUACGACCGGUCUUCCCCUGCCUACGGGAUCGGUUCCCCUGAUUCCAGGCUCUGGCUCAAAGGGACCGACCACUAGUCCUGCGCUCUCUACGAUCAGUCCCAGUGUUCCCACGGCGACGAGUGGAGGUGUGAUCCCGACCACGUCACCCGCGGGCUCGACCGGUGGCCCGAUCGGCUCCACCGCCCUGCCUUCGGGGUCUGGAGCUCCCACCAGCAAGCCCACGGCCACGCCGAUUUCCACCAGCAAGCCCGCUUCCAGCAGCAGCACCGAAGCGCCUACCACCACCCAGCAGCCCGAGACGACCAAGGCACCGGAGACUUCGACCACUAGCACCAGCACCAGCACUAGCGAGUCAAAUGACUGGAUCCCGUCGACCAUUCUCGUGCAGCCUCCCAGCCCGGCGACGACAGAAACGGCUACCCAUGCCACCGCCACGGCGACCAGCGCGCCCACGCAGCUACCUGGAUCUAUCUCCCCUGGUGGCGGCCUUCCCAAUAUCCCUGCCGACUCCACCCUGAUCCAGAUCGGUUUCAACGACAAGCUUCGGUACAGCUUCGUGGCCACGACCACCUUGUCGUCGUCGCAGAUCUUCCUCUACGUCCCUCAAGGUCUGGAGUAUGCGCUCUCGGUGCUCAGCAAGCAGGUGUCCAUGUUCGCCAUCCAGCCGUAUGACAACUCGGCCACGACCGGCUACAUUGCGACCGUGGCUCUGGCAUACAUCCCCACCGACCAGGUGGAUACCCUGCGUCAGAUGCUUCAUAACCCGAUCUCGCGCCUGUAUGAGCAGCCCAAUGAGUCUGUGAAGACGCUCUUCUCGAUGAUCGAUCCGUCGAUUCCUCUUCUUGUGGGCGAGUCUGGCUCGUCGUCGGGCGGCUCUUCUUCCAGCGGUGGAUCGAGUUCCAACUCCAACGGCAAGGAUACGAGCGAUGACAACUCGGACAACUCGGACGCCGGAGCCAGCAACAGCUCGCCCGCCCGCGCCAGCUCGGUGGGCAUUGGUGUUGGUGUCGUGGCCGGUGCUGCGGCGUACGGUGCCGGUAUGUUCUGGGUUGCGCGUCGUUACCGCAAGAAGCGCCAGGGACACCAGCGCUCCAGCUCCACCGUGGAGCAGAUGAGCGAAGGCCCCGGGGCCGGAUCUGUGUUCGCCACUGGUGGACGGCUCUCUCGCAACAGCCAGAACAGCCGCGGCAGCGCCCGCACGCAGAUGAUCAGCGCGCCGGUCAUGGCGGAGAACUCGCUCGGAUGGAACUGA